CUGUCUUCCAAAGUUGUGCAUUAAACGCGUCUAGACUUUGUAAUGGACCGCCGAGAAUCUACUGCCUCGCAAGAGACAUUCAUAUCCCUCCAACAAUUAGAUCCUUCUCCCAUCGAAUCGCCCGAAUACGAACUGGACAAGCAGCUCCCUGAGCUCCCCGCUGCAUCACCUCCUGCCAGAUCUUCGACCUUAGGCCUCAGCGGAAGCGGACACACCUCUGUAUAUUAUCUGACCCGUCUGCAGAAAUACUCCUCCUAUGUAUUCACAGUCUAUGCAUCGAUACACCUCACGAACACCUCGAUUGUACCGCUCUUCACUCGUUCUGUCCCCGCCUCAGAACCAUACCUACUCCUCACCCGGCCAUACUACCAGUCCUUCCCCUUUGAACCCCUCCUCAUAACGCUCCCGAUUGCAACGCACAUCCUCUCAGGCCUUGCCCUGAGAAUACAUCGGCGCAACGCAAAUCUCGCCCGCUACGGCGCAUCCACCAUUUCCGUCUCUUCCCGCCUUGAAAAGCGCCUAAAGGUAUGGCCUGCGGUUUCUUGGUCCAGCCUCUCGGGCUUUGUUCUGGCUCCACUAGUCAUCGGCCAUGCGUUUACAAAUCGUCUCUUACCAUGGAUUUAUGAGGGUGGGAGCUCGGGCGUCGGAUUGGGUUUCGUCAGCCAUGGAUUUGCGAAACAUCCAUUUGUUGCGUGGACGGGGUAUACUGCGUUGAUUGGAGUUGCAGCUGGACAUUUCGUCUGGGGUGUUGCGAGAUGGAAUGGCUGGAUGCCCGUGGGGAAUAAGACACAGGCAAAGCGGAGGUGGUGGACGAUCAAUGGGAUUAGUGUCGGUCUUGCUGCAUUGUGGAUGGCUGGUGGAUUGGGUGUAAUUGCGGGAGGCGGGAGAGCUGAUGGGUGGGUAGGAAAGGGCUAUGAAUCGUUGUACGCAAAAAUCCCCUUGUUGAAGUUAUAGAGUAGGGAGAUGCCUGGGAGAGGAUCACGUGGUUGAUGAUUGGGACUUGGUUCAUGCAUAGCCUUGGAGUCUGGUUGAUCUGCACGUUUGUUGGACUUGCUACGAUGGAAGAUAAUAAUAGAUAGAAUAUAAAACGCUAACGUUUGUCCGGAGAGGACCUGAGGUUUCUGAG